UCAAUACGUCAAUAAUCGUGUCGUGUCAUUUACUACGUUGAUUCAUAAAUAAAUCAAUUUAAUUGAUAACUCAAUAAAUAAAUGCCUACGAAGCAUAUAGUUUAAGUUUUAAAAUAUCGGCACAGACAUGGCUCCUUCUACAGACUGGGAUGAAAUAAAAAGAUUAGCAGCAGAUUUUCAAAAAGCUCAACUAAGUUCUACGGCUCUCAGAUUAUCUGAAAGAAACUGCAUUGAGAUAGUUACAAAAUUAAUUGAAUUGAAGUUAAUUGAUGUCAUAUUUACAACAGAUGGUAAAGAGUACCUUACUCCUCAACAGCUUGUUAAAGAAAUUAAAGAUGAAUUGUAUGUGCAUGGAGGGCGGAUCAAUACAGUAGACCUUGCUAAAGAGCUCAAUGUUGAUCUCAGUCAGAUCAACAAUAGUGUUUCUGAAAUUAUCAGGGGAAAAGAAGUACAACUUGUGUCUGGCUAUUUAAUAGCUCAUUAUUAUUUAGAAAAGGUUGCACGAGAAAUCAAUGAGAAAUUGCAACUCCAAGGUCAAAUAUCUGUUGGGGAACUAACCUUACAAUAUGAUCUACCAGCUGAGUUACUGCAACAUAAUGUUUUGGAAAAGCAUUUAGGCAAAAUCAUUAAUGGAAAACAGGAUCCUUCUGAACCCCGGACAUUUUACACAGAGGAAUUCAUCACUAGAACAAAGGCUAAGAUUCGUGGAGCAUUGAUGGGCCUACUUAAGCCUACACCUGUGACUGUUAUAGUCAACCAUUGUAAUUUAUCAGACCGCCUGUUCUUGUCAUUGUUUGAUCAGUUGAAUGCUCCUGGUGUACUCACUGGACGUCAAGCUGGAGCACUGUAUGUGCCAUCAUGUUAUACCAAAUCCCAAAAUGAUUGGGUGAUGAGUUUUUACAAACAAAACAAUUACUUAGAAUAUGAUGCUAUAUCUCGUUUAGGAAUUUCUGACCCUAAAGGGUAUGUGAAACGAAUUUUUACCAAUGAGGAUUUAACUUUCUUGAGUACCUGUGUGAUUGGGUCACAAAUUAAGCAACAACUUGAAACUGCAUUGGAAGAAUGUAUUUCUUCUAAAAGUUACUUGGAUGUUGUCUCUUUAUUGCCAUCAGUUUUAACAGACACUGAUAUUGAGAAUGUUCUGGAUGGUCUCCUGAAGAAGUCCAAGUCAACAAUAUUAUUUGAAAACACGGUUUUCAGUAACCAUUACAUUGAAAAUCUAAAGCAAGCUUGUAUGCCUAUGACUAAAGAGAAGGCUGAGAAGGUGGUAAAGUCAGGCAAAUAUCAACAGUUUUAUAUGGAAAAGCAAUUGAACAAAGCUUCUGAUUUUGGAUCAAGCCAUGUUGACCAUAAAGCUGAGAGGCGUGAAGAGAGAAGAAGAAAAGCUGCUUCUGGCAAAGGUGGUGGUGGCACCCAGGGCAGAGAAACUAAAACAAAGGCUGUUAAGAAACAUGCGAGGUCUAAACAAACUGUUCAGGAUUCAGACUCUGAUGAAGGACCUAGUAGUGCAACUAAAAAGUCACAAGCCCAAUUGGAAAUUGUUAGUGUUGAUGAUGUUGAAAAUAUCAUCAAAGAAACUCUGGAAAAUGAAGGCCUGGAAGACCUACUAACUCAAGUAGCAGAAUAUCUACAAGGGGGACUCAACCAAAUUGGUUUGACUAUUGCUAAAGAAACAGCUGACAAAUUACUCCAAGAUGCUAGUCAAAAUAGGAAACAAACUCAUACAUCUGCUCAAGACAAGAUAAACAUUCUCAUAAAUGACAUUAAAUUGUAUGAAAAAGGCAUUAAGUCUUUGCCAUCUGAUCAGCAACCGCAAUUUGUCAAGUAUUUGUUAAAAUCAUUGGGAGGCGAUGUACUAACUGAGUUCUGCAAGUAUGCAGCAAAUCAAUGCAACUUAUCUGUACAAGGCGAUGUCCUCUCAGUUGAACAAAGAAACAAAAUAAUUAAUGACCUGUCUGACGAGUUCACAAAACCCAUAGUGUCACUGAAUGGAACACUUUCUGAUCAAAACAUGGAAUCAUUCUACCAAGCAGUUGAUGUCUGUUUAUCAGAAUUUGGAAUGAUUCUAAAGAAAGUUGACAAAAAGAAGGAUAAGCUUCUGAUUCAAAAUCAUAGAGAAAAAUUAAUUUCUGAGUUGGAAAGUUGUGAAGAACCAGCAUUAAGUUUACAUUUGGCAGUCUUGGCGAUUUUUACAAUUGUCACCCAAAACAUGCUUCAUGCAUCUGGUAGACAAGUACCAAUAGUUAUAUCGUAUUUAAAAACCCAACUCAAGGAAGAGGAUUAUGAAAGACUCCUCCAAUGGCAUGAAUUAGUCACCAAAUUCUUGACGUCUUCUGAUGAAAAUAAGAGCGAGUUUGAAGAAAAACUACUGCAAGAACUCCCUGCAUUGAAAGUUAUGGUUCAAGAAAUAAAAAAAUACAAGUAAUGAUAGAAUCAUUGGAUCGGUUUCAUUUCGUAUUUUCAUACAUGUAUUGAUGGCCAUCUUAUUGUAAUGUUCUGAAUACAAUUCUAUCAAAUUAAAAAGCGUAA